GGAAUAUUCUAAAGCACCCACGAGACUUAAAAGGACGUUCGCCGCUCAUCACCGAGGAGACUGCGCGCGAGCUCUCACCCGGCCGUCUCAUGUCCCUGCAGAGGCCUCUGUGUGUGUGGUGUGUGUGUGUGUACCUGGCAGGUGUGUGCUGGAGCGAGCGGUCGGAGCCCAUGUUCGGCGCGAUCACACACAUGGUGUUGCCGCCGGACUACGAGCACAACCCCACGCAGCUCAACUACGGCCUCGCCGUCACCGACGUCGAUGGAGACGGAGACCUCGAGAUAUUCGUCGCCGGGUAUAACGGGCCUAACUUGGUGUUAAAGUACGACCGGAGCAGGAGGAGGCUGGUCAACAUCGCCGUUGACAACCGCAGCUCCCCGUUCUAUGCCCUGAGGGAUCGCCUUGGACACGCUAUCGCCGUGACAGCCUGCGACAUCGAUGGAGACGGCAGGGAGGAGAUCUACGUUCAUAACACCAACAACGCCUUCUCAGGCCGCACCACCUACCCUGAUAAGCUCUUUAAGUUCCGUAACGGUCACUAUGAAGAUCUGCUGACAGAUGAGGUCAAUGAGCACAGAGACGUGGCUCACCGAGUGGCUGGACGCUCCGUAGCCUGUGUGGACCGCAAGGGGACCGGUCGCUACGCCAUCUACCUGGCCAACUACGCCAGCGGGAGCGUGGGUCCGCAUGCGCUCAUCGAGAUGGACGAGGCGGCCAGUGACGUGGACGCCGGAAUCAUCGCGCUCACCAACGUCGCCGAGGAGGCACGGGUCAACAAGUACACAGGUGGGCGGGGUGUGGCUGUGGGACCGAUCAUUAGUCAAACACUUCCUGACAUCUUCUGUGAUAACGAGUACGGAGGCAACUUCCUCUUCCGUAACAAUGGCAACGGAACCUUCACUGAUGUGGCCUCGCAGACAGGUGUAGAGGACGCUAAGCAGCAUGGAAGGGGCGUGGCUUUGGCAGAUUUUAAUCGCGACGGGAAGAUUGACAUUGUCUACGGCAACUGGAACGGACCUCAUAGACUCUUCCUUCAACUGCCCAACCGCAAACACAGAUUCAAGGACAUUGCCACAUCUAAGUUCUCCAUGCCCUCUCCUGUGAGGACGGUUAUUGCUGCUGACUUUGACAACGAUAACGAGAUGGAGGUCUUCUUCAACAACAUCGCAUACAGAGGGCCCUCCGCCAACAGGCUCUUCAGGGUUUCACGGCGGGAACAUGGAGACCCCCAGAUAGAGGAGCUGAAUGUGGGAGAAGCAGCCGAACCAGAGGGACGCGGAACAGGAGCUGUCGUGACGGACUUUGAUGGGGAUGGCCGUUUAGACCUGAUUGUGUCUCAUGGAGAAAGCGCAGCUCAACCUCUAUCCGUGUACAGAGUUAUUCAGGGCUCAUCUCACCGCUGGCUGCGUGUGAUUCCGCGGACGCGUUUCGGGGCGUUUGCUCGCGGGGCGAAGGUGGUGGUCUACACCAAGAGGAGCGGCCCACACACACGCAUCAUCGACGGUGGCUCAGGAUACCUGUGUGAGAUGGAGCCUGUAGCGCACUUUGGCCUGGGUAAGGACUUGGCGACGAGUGUGGAGGUGUUCUGGCCAGAUGGGCGCUCCAUGGCCAAACCUCUGGACCGCAGUGACAUGAACACAGUUCUGGAGGUCCUGUACCCAAAAGACCAGCACGAGCCCACCACAGCCCCGGAGAUAGAGUGUGGACACGGCUUUGCAGUGAAUGAACAUGGCCGCUGUACAGAUGAAGAUGAGUGUGUCCAGUUCCCCUCGGUGUGUCCUCCUGAGCGUCCGGUCUGCACCAACACCUAUGGAAGCUUCAAGUGUCGCGCCAACAAGAGGUGUAACCAUGGCUACGAGCCUAACGACGAGGGCACAGCGUGUGUGGCCCAGGUGGCGUAUUUCGGGGGCAGCCACUCCAGUGGAGGCGGUGACGGUGGCGGCGGAGUGUGUGUUGGUGUGGAACGGAUCCUUCUGCUGCUCUCCCUGCUGCUCUCCUCCCAGAUGACCUGAGUUUACACUCCUCCGUCAGACUUUCUCUUCCCCCUCUCCACUCCUCCACCAGACUUUCUCUUCCCCCCUCCACUAUUCCACCAGAUUUCUUCCUCCUCUCCCCUCCUCUGUCAGAUGUCCUCUUCUUCCUCUCCACUCCUCCGUCAGACGCCCUCUUCCUCCUCUCUCGUUCUCUCCUUCUUGCCUCCCUUCUUCUCUCUUGGUCCCUCUGUUUUGUCCUUAGUUCAAGCCCCUGAGUUGUCUCUCUCUCUCUCUCUCUCUCUCUCUCUCUCACACACACACACACACACACACACACACACACACACACACACACUCUCUCUCUCUCAUUCAAAUAGACACACAUGCACAUUCAUUUACACACACACACACACACACACACACACACACACACACACACACACACACACACACACACACACACAGCAUGCAUUGUGACAGAGCAGGCCCUCAAAAUCGUCAUUACAUAAAAAAACCUGAAGUAGUGGACACCUCUUACCCUGUCUCACACACACAAGCACACGCACACAGAUGCACACACAGACAGACAGACAGACACACACACACACACACACACACAUAGUCAAACACAAUAUUAUAGUUGCUCUCCCUGUUGUUGUGUGACCUGUUAUGAGAAAGAAAGGCUUGUGAGUAGGUGUGUAUUUUGCAAUCACGAAGGGAGAAGUGUGAGUGUGUAACUGAGAUUGAGGAAGGUAUUGUGUUCUUCGCCUGGUUCCUGUUGGGUUCUAUGUUCCGUAGUUCCACCCCCCACAGGUGGAAGAACCAGACUACGCCAGAGUCCAGUGUGACUAUGGAAACGGACACACCCCAGAGUCCAGCGUCGCUAUAGAGACGGACACACCCCCAGAGUCCAGCGUCGCUAUAGAGACGGACAUACCCCCAGAGUCCAGCAUCACUAUGGAGACGGGCAGACUGCUUGAUGUUUUGGAGAGUCUGACCACAGUUUCAAAAGUUUCAAAGCAGCAUAAAUUACUGGAUAGGUCAAGUUACAAACACACACACACACACACACACACACACACUCACAGUCGCAUACACACACUCACAGUCGCAUAC